GGCAGUUUGUGCCAUGUCGCUAUUGCAGAGAAGUGCCUGCUCGUGGUAACCAGCCAUGUCGGAUAUCAUUAUCAAUCUGGAUACGUCCCUUCAUGAGUGCCCCAGAAGGUGUUCGGAAGGCAGCAAGAAGCACCAGCGCUUUGUCAGGCGACGCCGUUUCUUGGAGCGAAGGGGCUUCCUGAAACAGAGACAGCUGCCGCCAGAGUCUGCCCUGCCCCAACGGGACGCUUCCCACAGAGGCACAGGGGUGGAUGAGGAGAGGGGCAAGAAGAGAAAGAAGGUGGACGGUCAGGGUGGCCAAGAUGGAGCAGGAAGGGAAGAUGGCUUUGGAGGCGGGGCCAGAAAGCUUCCCAAGGAAAAUGCCUCACGCAGCAGCAGCAAGACUUCAGGCUCUCGCCCCUCCCCGCAGUCUGAGGCCCCAGCAGCACCCAGCAAAACAGGAAGUAGCUCUGCACUGCCCAACGGGACCAAAAGCAACUGUGGCACCCACGGGAUUAGCAGAGCCCACCUGUGGAGCGAGUAUGAGAGCGGCCUCAACUCAGCCCCAGAGAAGCCCAGCAAAAUGGUGGCCAUUGACUGUGAGAUGGUGGGCACUGGGCCCGGUGGGCGGAACAGCGACCUGGCCAGAUGUAGCAUCGUGGGCUACUAUGGCGACGUAAUGUAUGACAAAUACGUCCGGCCAGUCAACCCCAUUACCAAUUACCGGACUAGGUGGAGUGGCAUUCGGAGGCAUCACAUGACAAACGCUGUUCCUUUCAAGGCAGCCCAGAAAGAGAUUCUGAAGAUCCUGUCUGGGAAGAUUGUCAUCGGUCAUGCCGUCUACAAUGACUUCAAGGCUCUCAAAUACUUCCACCCCAAGCCGGCCACCAGGGAUACGUCGAGAAUCCCCCUCCUGAACCGCAAGGCCGGCUUCCCUGAGAAUGAGUCGAUCUCCCUGAAACGCCUCACCAAGCAGCUGCUCCACAGGGACAUCCAGGUUGGCCAAAACGGCCACUCUUCGGUUGAGGAUGCUCGGGCCACGAUGGAGCUGUACAAACUGGUUGAAGCUGACUGGGAGAGCUACUUGGCCUCAUGUCCAGUGCAAGACUGAUCCUUCUGC